AUGCAAAAUGAAAAUCAACAGAAUAAUAAUGUGAUUGCUAGUUCUAGUUAUUUGUACAUAGAAAAUGCAAAUGUUAGUAGUGAUGAGGUUAGCAGUAAUGAAAUUAGUGAUGAUGAAAUGAGUGAAGUUAGUGAUGAAGUGAGUGAAGUUAGUGAUGAAGCUAGUAAGAAUACAAAUAAUAAAAAACCUAAGGAUUCUGAAAGAAAAUCUACAAAUAAUCUGUUAUAUGAGCUUUUUCAAAAAAUGAUGUCAACCAAAGUUAUCAAAAAUCUUUCGAUAGACCUUCAUCUGACAAUAUCACCAGGCAAUUCGUCUUCUUUCACAAUUCACUUGGAAGAAGGUCAAUUGUUGAUAGAUACAGUCAGGAAUUUUAUGGAUGAAAACAAUAUACCAUGUUACUUGGAAGUAUCGAUUAUGUCAGUUAUAGAAUCGUUGAUGGAAGAGAGUUGGCGAAUAGAUGUGGAAAGGGAUGCAAAAAUCAAUGAUGAAUCUAGAGCAAAGCAAAUUCAAAAGGAACUUAUUGCUAAAUAUCAAAAACAUACAGUUCGAUUCAAUGACGGUCCUUUAGAAAAUCCUUUCCCCAAAGCUUUUCAUACUUUAGUUCAUUCUCCAGUCCCCUUUAUGUUUGAUAUCUUGUCGCAGUUGGAACAAGAUUAUAAAAGUUCAAUCAAAGAAGUGAUGGUAUCACGUGAAAAAGCAAAGGCAGAAACUGACGAAAGUCGUCAAAAAGAGUUAGAAUACGCUGUUGAAGCUGGUUCAGCUAAUGCUGGGUUUAAAAAAUUAAUUGAAAUGCAAGUCGAGGAAUCUGAAUUUAAUCAAGCAGCAUGGGAGAGUGAGCUUGAAGAAAUGCAACGAAAUCAAAAAAAUGAAUAUUGUGAUGUUGUACUCAAGCUUUAUGAAGAACAUCAACGGCGUAUGGCAGAACAAUUGUCAUGCACUGACCCAACAAGUGUGCCUCGGCUGGAUGGAAAAGAGAUAGCAUCAGUAGUUAUAGCCGAUAUGAAAAAGAAUAAAAAAAAAGUGUCUAAAGAGCUUUUAAAGAUUGUACAAGGGAACCAGACACAUAGUCGUCCUGGCAGUCGUCCUGGUAGUCGUCCUGGAAGCGUUAGUUCGAUGUCUGAAAUGAUGUUAUCGUCAGGAUUGAUAACUUCGCAAUCUUCUAUGUUUUCAAGUCCUUCUGAUGAAAAGAAAUCGGCAUUUUUUACACCAGAGGAUGAUCCUAUCGUUUCGCAGAUAAGAGAAAUGGGUUUUACCAGUGAACAAGCUAAAGUCGCACUCGAGAUGACUAAUGGACAUAUGGAAAAUGCUAUUGCACUUCUUCUUGACCAAGCAAGCAGAGUUGACGCACAAAUAGCACAACGUCGCCCUUCCGUUCCCAUGAUUCCAGCUACAAAAGAAACACCAGUUCCACACAGGCGUUCAAAGUCUAAUAGCAAACCAUUAGUCUUAUCUGUGCUUACAAAGCAAGAGAGGAAAACCGUAUGGUCUCCAAUAUCAUUUUUACAACAAAAGAAUGGCAUACCAACAACCCAAAAUAACUCUUCAAUGAGAAAAUUUAGUGGAUGGCUAGGAAAGGCUAUGGAAAAUUUUGGUCUUGAAGAUGAUGAAACUCUUCAGAGACAUGGUCCGAUAAUGCAAUUUGAUGAUGAACAUCAACUUGUAGAAUCAUUUACAAUUUCACUUGGUAAUCAAGUGAAAUCGACACAUAACCUUCGUCUUUUGGCAUCCGAUAUUGAUGAUAUGCUUAAGUCUUCCAAUGACGAGGCACGUGAUACUGCAUAUAGGGCACAAACUGCUGCUAGUUUGUAUUCGCAAGAUUUGACGGCAAUUGUUUUAUUAUUGACGCCAAAAGAUUGGCCAAAAUAUAAAUUUGGUCAAAGUGCUAAUAAAGGUACAGUUAAUGCAAUUCAGAAUUUCCAUGAAUCUACUGAAUUUCAUUUUGACAAUGUUGAAACACAAUUUGAGGCCAUUGAAAAAGAUAUUCCAGUUGAGGAUAAUGGUGUAAUUGCUAUUAAAGAAGGUGACUUUUUUAUCACAAAACAUUCAAACCUACCUUUAGUUCAUGUGGCAUUCCAUUUGGUUAUAGACUUUGAAUUAAGCCGCUUUGAUAUUUCGUGCAUUUCACUACCGCUCUUAUUACUUCCAUCAAAUGUAGAUUGUUUUUCGGACCCAUCUGCUCCAGAAAAUGUUUUAUGUCGAAGAGGUGAAGUUGUGCUAAAAUGUAUAAAAGGAUUUAUGAUGGAAAAUUCACGGAUACCAAAGCGUAAAGCUGAUAAAGAAGAAGAAACAAAAACUGUACAAUUUUUAUUACCAAAAAAUGCCAAUGAACAACAAUUUCAUUCACAAAGACAGUUGCUAAUAGAUACUUUUGGUGCAAAUUGA